AUGUCUGCGCCGCCCCUCCUACCUGCCUCCUCAUCCGCCGCGAUCGACUGUCAUGCAGAGGACCUAGCACCGAUUGUCGACCAACUCAGGUCUCUGACCACGGCCGAGAACCCCCAAGUACCUGACCUCGCAGCGGCGACUGAACCUCUGCUUCGUCUUCGUCAUACGUUCAUCGACGAUGCUCGCCCGCGAGUCGCAAAAGAUGCCUUUCGCCAGAUGGCGGGAUUCCAAACAAUAUUGGAGCUCACAAAUCAGCUUGCUGAGAUGUAUGAUCCCAACGGCAUGUCAGAUGACGAACGGAAAGGUCUUCUGGCAAUCUACAAAGAUGCUCUGGGGACGCUCGCCGAAGCAUUGAAAACCCACCUGGGUAACAAGAGGUACUUCGCGCGAAAGAUAGCCGGCGGGGGUAUGGCGGCAUUAGAGCGAUCGCUUGCGACCCUCACAAGGAAGGUUGGCAAAUUUGAGAGCGAUGCGCAGCAACUCUAUGGCGCCAUACUGGCCGCAGCUUUAUGUCAGGAAACGGCGGCUACAACUUUUACAGCAAUGAGUGCCAAAUUCCGGGGGAAGGAGAGCGUCCUCUCACCACAAGAGGUGCGCAGCGCUGUCGACCAGUUUAUGGGAUCCGCGGAGACAGUCGAGGUUUCCGAGCUUCUUGGCUCCUUGGUACGCGUUUGGGCAGCCGAGUCCGCUUCAACAGGAUCAGAAAGCGAGAUCAUGCGGUUGACCUUUGCGGCCUGUCUGGGCCAACUGGCAGCACAGUCUCGUAGAAACGUCGUUGCGUUGCAUGCCACUGGUAUGCUGACUGCUAUUCUGUCCAUCUUGUUCCGGCAAGGCUACUCUGAAACAGAGAGGAAACUGUACCAAGAUCUGGCUCAUCAUCUGAGUGUGCAAGGCAUCAACAACCUGGAAGAUGCUGUUGCUCUGUACCGCCAUGCUCACGAUAAUUACCGCAACCUCGAGUUUCUACUAUCUGCGCUGAAAUACUCCAAGGAACCACCAUCUAUACAGUUCGACCUGUCCCUUCACGGCUUCUGUUCAGUUGAGUUUGCGACUCUUGGUCGGCCGUUCCCGCCGACUUCGUCUGCCGGGUACACCCUUGCGGCCUGGGUGCGUUUUGAUGAAUUCGAUCGCAAUACGCACACCACCAUCUUCGGAACAUUUGACGCGAGCCAGACUUGCUUUGUUCUGGCCUACAUAGAGAAACAUACAAGAAAAUUCAUUUUUCAAACCUCAAUUCGCGGGUCUCGGCCAAGUGUACGCUUCAAGUCGGCAACCUUCGAGACAAAUAGGUGGUAUCAUAUCUGCAUUGUCCACAGAAGGGCAAAGCCUGCGCAUUCGUCGCGGGCAUCGUUGUUUGUGGAUGGCGAGUUCAUGGAACAGCUGAAGAUCGAAUUUCCUACUACCCCAGUCAGCAACAACCCACACAGACCGCCCCGGAUACAAGCCUUCUUUGGAACCCCUCAAGAUCUUGCUAUGCGCCUUGGAAAGGGCGUUUCCAAUUCAAGAUGGUCUCUUUCAAAUGGCUUGCUGCUCGACGAAGCAUACAGUGAUGAUCUAAUUGCGGUCUUCUACAACCUUGGGCCAAGAUACUUUGGAAAUUUUCAAGACUGCUUAGGAUCAUUUCAAACGUACAAAGCUUCUGCCACCCUGAAUCUACGCAAUGAACACUUGCAUCCGGGAAGAGAGGAGGAAUCGGAUAUUGUUACAGCCAUCCGAAGACGGGCCAGUAGCCUCGUGCCUGAGACAACAGUCGUGAUAAAUCUGUCUCCAGUUGCCGUCCUGGAUAGCAAUGACGGCGGCAACGUCGGCGAGUCGCGACUCAGCAAGUGCCUUUCCAAACAAGCUGCAAAGAGCCUACAACAUAUGACGAAGGCGGGCGGCAAUGCAUUGGUAGUGAACGGAGGCACCCCGGCAAUCAAUGAUGGAUUGACGCUACCACAAGGAGUCGGGGUUCUCACAGGAGAACCAGUAGUGGCGGUGCCUUGGUCAAUGGACGAUGCGAGCUGGUGUAUAGGUGGCUGUGCAGCAGUUCAUCUCAGUCUGGUUCGAGCGGCCGACUCAGCACAGGCGACUCGUCUCGCCGUUGAAGCACUUUACGAAGCCGUGCAAGACAAUUGGAGAAAUAGCGAAGCUAUGGAACGAGAGAAUGGCUAUGGAAUCUUGGCCGUCCUACUGCGCGAAAAGCUAGGUUUUCAAAUAGCCAAUCCUUCGUCUAUCGGGCCAUCCUCAACCAUCAGCGUACCUGCUGAAGAGCACAACGAUCUCAUGCUUGACCUGCUGCGCCUCACGCUAAGGUUCGUAGGCUAUGACUUUGAACACCCAGAUCAUUCCAUCAUCGCGAACCCUCUGGCUUAUCGUGUCUUGCUUGUGGACAUGGACAUCUGGAGAUCAGGUGAAGGAGACGUGCCUGACUUGUAUUAUUCCCAAUUCCGUACAUUCGUGUCCGAUAGCAACUACCGCCACUUCAAUGCCAAACGUUUCGGGCGUAUGCGCGUUAGCAAGAAGUUGCUCGAAACUUUGAAAAGCAAUGAUUUGGCCGACGAGUCAAUCCGUCCCUGCCUAGGUUCAUUCCAGGCUCUUAUGGAGAGUAGUCUUUCUCCUGAUCUUCUUCGCUCACUCGCUCUGUCCAUAACGUUCAAUUUACAUCGACCCCGAACACCAUCUGCGCUCCACAAGAAGAGAAGCCUUCGAUUUGCUGGUCCAAGCUCGCCCCGGCCUUCAUCAUCGAGUAUAAGCCCACCCACAAAGGUUUCCGGCACGACACUAGCGAUAGAGAUGCUGCGACUCUAUGCAUCGGUGCUCUGCAAUGCCCUCGAUCUCAAUCCGCUGAAGAGGUUUGCCAAGGCAGUCACAAACAAGUGGCUGUUGUAUUUGUCUUGCGAGGAUGAGCCAGAAGUCGUUGUGCUCGCAGUCAAGAUCCUUGCACGACUACUUAUUGUUCACGGGAGCAGCUACAGCAAAAAAUUCUCCGACAAGAAUGGUGGUUAUACCGUGCUUGAAAAGAACCUGGACAAAUGGUGGAAUGUACCCGUUCUGUGGCCAAUCUGUUUCUCAAUUCUUUUUGGACAAGACCUUGCGGCUGUCGACCUUGACCGUCCAUUUACCGCCGCGGACUUCCUCAGUGUUUUCCUUGCGGAAGGCGACCUUCGAAUUGCGUUUCCUGAGAUGCUUCCCGUCAUUAUGAAUAUGCUCAAACAUGCAGCGGAAAGUCUUGUAUCAUUGGAUGAGCCUACUGGGCAAGAGCCAGUCAGUUCCGAUGUGCCGAAGAAAAUUCUCAUGUCUGCGCAAAAGUCUAAAUUAACUAGCGCAUCCGAGGUCCUUGUGGAAGGAACUUGCAUUGUGCACUCGAUUGUUGCAUUUCUGGAGGGGUUGUUUAAGGAGUCGAGAAACUUCCGGGACUUCACAAUUCAGUCUGGCUAUGUUCAAGAAAUACUCGGUCUUCUAUGGCCCACUGUCGUUGGUGUUCAGCCCACACACGCAAGCUUUGAGCUUCAUUCGCGACACGGCGACUUCAAUUUUGAAGAAAGUAGCUUUCUAACACGUCCCAAAUCGAGCCGCAAAAACAGCUCGACGCCACUGCAGGUGAGCAUCAUUGAUUCUGCCGAGAACCUCGACGAGAGUGCGGACUCUCCGCAGCGCCGCUCGUCAUUUAUACUUGUCUCUUCCGAUAAGUCCAAAAACCAGCCCUCAUUCGCGCGGAUUCAAAGGGUUGUAAGCGUGAGCCGUCCGGCCGAGGAAUAUUCAAGAAUUCACCACCUGGUCAAGUCCAUCGCCAGCCUCGUGCUUGACGUGUUUGAAGAGCAGCUUCUACAACGCAAAGAUUUUUCCGGACUAGGAUUAUACCACAAAACACCCGCCGGUAACCUAGAACAUCAGGCUGAUUUCAACUCAUGGCUCUUGAGCCUGUUCCUGUCGCGGCUAGAGGGUAUCCCCUCAACACGACCUCACCUCCUACACGAAGCUCGGGCCCUGACAAAUAUCGCGCGCUUUGCCACACAUCUCACAGAAGCUGUGUAUGAAGGGUGGUUCCUUAACGGGGCUGCUGUAGUUCUCGAAUUCCUGGGAGUGAUUCUGGAAUACAUUCAACGUCCAGAUGUAUCACACAUCAAGACCAUUCGCUUGUGUAGCCAGUCUGUGGCAACACUACACGCAAUGCUUUACAGGAUAACCCUUUUCCAACUGUCCGAAGCUCAUGAUUCAAAGACUUUGUCUGUUCUGCAACGCCUGAGCUACUGGCAAGUUGUCCUUCUCGCUGCCGCUGAAACGCAGCCAAGGAACCUGCAACUUCUGUGCUAUCUUCUCUACACGCGGCUUAUCAGCACAGACACCCAAAUUCGCCUUGCUGCCGCUAGUCUUUGGCGGAUGAUUCUGGUGCAAAAGCCUCAAGAUAUGUCGAACCUCUUGCGUCACGGCUCAGCUUCUCUUCAGCGCCGACUUACGGACGUGUUCGAGGCACUGGCUGGCCUGGAUGAUGAGAAGUUCUUGCGUGAGAUCGAUGACGAACGGCAAGAUCUUGAUGGCUUUUUCCUGGGUGUCUUGUCCCACCAUUGGGAGUCUUUCGUUGCGGAUGAAAAUGUGAAAAAUGAAGAGUCUGCUAGACACAGAAUUUCCAAGCGCAAGGAAAAGCUCAAACAGUGGGCUCAGUUGGAAAAAUACGACGAAGACGUUCUUCGCAAGCACGAUGCUACUCUUCCACAUUGGAUAUCCAAUAUUUCAGCGUCAGAAUUCCUGAAAUCUCAAAGAUUUCUUCAAGAUCUCCAAGAUAACUCGGUUUUCAUGUGGUCAGCCUUCUCAAAUCUCUUGUUAGGCUUGAAGAGGCCCGGUGCCCUUCUCGCGGAAGACAAAGAACGCAAUUACAAACUGGAUCAGACCGAAGGUCGCAGCCGCAUGCGUCUGCGAGUUGUUCCGGACGAGUCUGGUGAACGCCAAGAUUAUCAGCCAAAGCGAAAGGCUUCUGAGCCGCCAGCGCCCAAACUUGACCUCCGACUUCGCGCGUUGUCAGCGGGAGAGAUGGCUUCGUCGCCAAAGGCAACAAUAGCGAAGACAACCACUGGCGAGCCCCGGCAACAAGAUGAUCCUUCGGAAGAAACAGAUGACCGCAGCACGAUCGAGGAUGAGAACUUUGAAAUGGUCGAUGAUCCAAAGCUUGAGCUUGAGGAUUAUGAAGACAAGAACCGUCGGGUGAUGCGCUCCCUUCACCGCGGGGAUCAGGUCCAAAGCGUGUGUAACAUGUCUCGAAUCAUCGGCCUGGAAGCUGUAGAGGGUCUUCUAAUCCUCGGAAAAGACUGCAUCUACAUUCUCGACAACUUCUUUCAAAGAGCGGACGGUGAGAUUGUGAAUGUCUGGCAGGCCCCUCCAGACGAACGCGAUCCCUACGUACGAAUGAUAGCUGGCAGAGAAUCGAACGACCGUCGUUCACACGAACACGAGACUCGAAGCUGGAAGUGGGCCGACCUUGUUAGCGUCUCGAAGCGCCGAUUCCUCUUCCGGGAUGUUGCUUUGGAGAUAUUCUUUACGGACGGCACCAGCUAUUUACUCACGUUCUUUGCCGCACACGUGCGGGACAAUCUUUGCACCCUGCUCGGAAACAAGGCUCCACAGGUUACCGGAAGUGCAGGUCACUCGCGUCCCGAAGAUAUCUGGAGAUUCGAGACCCUUCGCAGUCAAGAGGAUGCGCCACAAUCUUUGGGCUCCAAAUUCGCAAGUGUUUUCGGUCAUCUACCUGCCAAUCCCGCUACGCGCAAGUGGGUUCGCGGGGAAAUAUCAAACUUCCACUAUCUCAUGUUGAUCAACACCCUUGCCGGACGAACAUUCAACGACUUAACCCAAUAUCCCGUCUUUCCGUGGGUUUUGGCUGACUACACCAGUGAAGAGCUCGACUUAACCAAUCCCAAGACUUUCCGCGAUCUUUCCAAGCCUAUGGGCUGCCAGACUCCAGAUCGGGAGAUGGGUUUCCGUGAGAGGUUCAACGCUUUUGCGGAGAUGGGUGAUGACAAUUCUCCACCAUUUCACUACGGAACUCAUUAUUCGUCCGCCAUGAUCGUGACCUCUUACCUUAUUCGUCUGCAGCCGUUCGUCAAAUCGUAUCUUCUCCUGCAGGGUGGUACAUUUGACCAUGCUGACCGUCUGUUUUACUCUGUCCGUAAAACUUGGGAGUCUGCAUCUCGCGGAAACAUGACAGACGUCCGCGAAUUGAUACCUGAAUUUUUCUAUCUUCCCGAAUUCCUAAUCAACUCCAACAAAUACGAGUUUGGAAUGCUGCAAAACAUGCGCACCGCAAUCGACUCUGUUGAGCUUCCGCCAUGGGCUAAAGGUGAUCCGAAGAUCUUCAUUCAAAAGCAUCGAGAAGCCCUCGAGAGCCCUUACGUCUCUGAGAACCUACAUCACUGGAUCGAUCUUGUUUUUGGCUGCAAGCAAAAGGGCGAGGCUGCCAUUGAGGCUGUCAACGUGUUUCAUCAUCUCUCAUAUAAGGGAGCGAAGGACUUGGAUGCAAUUUCUGAUCCCAUGGAACGAUUGGCGACUAUAGGUAUCAUCCACAAUUUUGGUCAGACUCCUGGCCAAAUUUUCCACCGAGCGCAUCCUCCGCGGGAGGGCCAGAAGUAUCGUGUACCUCGAUUAGAUGCUCUGGCGGAAUCGCUCACACAGAUGCCCUUGUCUCUACUUGGUGAGUUGCUCCGGGUUGACUGUGACUUUCGAUGCGCUGAGGCUAAUCAGGGUUCCUCACUAGAUAUUGGUGAACAUGUCACAGCACUGGCUAUGAAACAAGAUCGACUACUUUGUACAUCCGCUCUCCGUAUUAACGUACCACCAGCGUACGAUCAAUACCUAGAGUGGGGAUUCUUUGACGGAAGUGUCCGCUUCUAUUCCGCAGAAGGGCGCAAGCUGCUGGGACAUUUCGAGCACCUCCAUAUAGGCCAACUCUCAUAUGUGACUUUUGCUGAUUCGAGGACACUUGUCACUUGCGGCAACGACUGCACGGUUUCCUUGUGGACCGUGACUGCGACCUCGCGGGCAGUUGACUUGCAGCCUAUCGGAUCUCUCUUCGGACACCGAACCCCAGUGACCGUGCUGGCUGUCUCCCGUUCUUUCAGUACUCUGCUUUCCGCAUCCAGUGAUGGUCAGAUCAUGUUGUGGGAUCUGAACCGCCGUGGCUUCGUGCGAACACUGCCCGGAGACGGUGUAGUCGAUUGCGCUAAGGUCAAUGACGUGACCGGCGACAUUAUUGUGUGCCGAGGCCGCCGACUCACCAUGUACACUCUGAAUGGCGAGAUGGUGAUUGAUCAACCGGUCUGUGACGCACCCGACGACCGGGUUUUGUCUUGUAGCUUUUACGAGGGGUUGCAGAAUGAAUGGCUGGAGCGCGAACUAGUGCUCACCGGUCAUGCUCGCGGCGUGGUCAACAUCUGGAGCAAAGUUAUUCGCCACGGUGCAUUUGAACUGGAGCUCAUUCGCCAGCUUCACCAUACCGAUAGCAGCCGUGACAAUGGCGCCAACAUUCAGACUGGUAUCAGUUGCAUUCUGGCUCUUCCGCAGGUGGUGUACACUGGAGAUGAAGCUGGUCGAGUGUAUGAGUGGAACUGUGUUCAACGGCGCUGA